AGGAAACUAGUUGUUGCCCUGGAUGGCACGGGAAAUAAGUUUGGAAUAAAGUAUUCCAAUGUGGUUGACCUAUAUGGGCGGAUUAUGAAAAGUGAUGACCAAAGGACAUACUAUAACAGUGGGGUUGGCACCUAUGCCAAUGCAUCACGUAUGCUGCCAUGGCGCCUGGUUCAGCAAGCAGUGGACAGUGCCAUUGACCUUGCAGUAGCAAGGAAUUUUGAGACCAUGAUCCUUGCUGCAUAUAGAUGGCUGACAGAGAAUUACAUGCCAGGCAACCGUAUCUUUCUCUUUGGGUUUUCCAGAGGAGCAUAUCAAGUUCGUGUCCUAGCUGCCAUGAUCAAAUGUGUUGGCCUUCUCGCUCGCGGCAAUCAAGAGCAAAUACCUUUUGCCUAUGAGCUCUAUGUGUCUAAUUUCCAUCCACAAACUCACCAUAUACUCUAUUGUAGUGACCAAUACAGAUGUGAAAUAUUUAGGGGAAAAUUCUCGCAUGAGGUCUCUGUUCACUUCAUGGGGCUUUGGGAUACUGUUUCUUCUGUGGGCAUUACUCGAGGCAAAGGUUUGCCUUUGGUUGAUGAUACUGGACACAUAUGUUAUGUUCGACAUGCACUUGCAUUGGAUGAGCGCCGAGUCAAGUUUGUUCCAGAGCAUUUCUACCGUUCAAAGGCAAGCAUGAAACCUUCAGAGGUUGGAUAA